AUGGCAGAUUCUUCCCGAAGUUCAUUGUUUCUGCUAUUUUCUAUGCUUCUUUUGAUUACACUGUCCAACGUGGCUGAGGUUUACGGUAGUGCUAAGCUUCGUCCAUCAGAAUGCAAGCCGAGGUGCAGUUACCGAUGCUCGGCAACAUCGCACAAGAAGCCGUGCAUGUUCUUUUGUAUGAAAUGCUGCUCAAAAUGCCUAUGCGUCCCGCCCGGCACUUACGGCAACAAGCAACUCUGCCCUUGCUACAACAACUGGAAGACCAAAGAAGGAGGUCCCAAGUGCCCUUGA